AUGGACCUCAACGAUUUGCACCCGCCAGACGACUACUCUCACCGCUUCUUUAUAUGGCACGAGUGGAUUCAGGCAAAUGGACCGCUCACGUCCGACAAUGUUUUUGAAUACUUUGCGGCCUCCAUGUUUUAUGACAAGCAGAGCAACAAUCAAGUUCUAAGAAUGCAGACCAUGCACACCGGCAUGCCCAUCGUCAACGAAGCAGAGGAGCUCAAGCGCUUCACUGGCAUCGAAUUUGCCCUUGUCCAUGCGCAGCCCCCUUCUUUAUUUAUCAUUCACAAAAGGGAGCGGACUUCUCCCGAAGAGACACGGCCGUUGGCAGCAUAUUUUAUCAUGAAUAAUCGCAUAUAUCAAUCUCCAGACAUGUAUUCAGUUCUGCAGAAUCGGCUACUCACAUCACUCUACUCGUUACAAUCCUCUCUGGAUAUCCUGCGUAAACACAGACCAGACUACACCCCGAGAACAGGAUUCGUCUGGCCGAUCAUGGAACCUCCCACGUCUGAGGAUGGCAACAAGAAGAGUGCAACCGAUGAUGCCUCUGCUUCAGCAGAACCAGACCUGGCGCCUGGGCUAACGGCAUCUCUCGAGAAGGAGAAAGAAAUGUUAUCAUCUGGAACCUCGAAGAAGCUGCAGAACAAUUUGCUGCUGCUCAAUGCGAUGCGAACAACUGCCGCACACACUCGCCAAACGUUCGCCUUGCAGACGCAACAGGUCGCUGCACAGAACCCUGCUCCAGAAAUAGUACCUGUAGCCACGGCUGCCCGCCAGUCGAUGACUCCGGCACCCCCUGGCAUUCGUGCAGCCACCCCUCUCGCGGCUGCCACUACUUCGGGAUCGCACGAGGCCGUUCCUGCGAAAGUUCCGCCAGGGGCAGGCAAAAAGAAGAAAAAACGUAAAUCAAUUACGACAUGA